UCCUGCAGCCAUGGAACAAUUGCGCAGAUAACUUAACGGAAGGCUCACUUACGCAAGAUUUAGCUGGAGUCUACUGUACUCUGUGGACCAUAUAAUUGGUCGUAAUGGUAAAAACAAAUGACGUCAUAUUGUGCUUUUAUUUCGCAGCGAUGUGCAGCUAAGGAAGGGGCAAACAAGAGGAGCAAGUGUGACGGAGAACAAUGGUAGACAAUGAGCACAGCUGUUUUUAAAGCACCAAAUUUUAACUUCUGAAUGUUCCAUACAUUCAAAAUGCCCUGGUACUUGGGCCUGCCAUGGUCUGAAAGCAUAAAGAAACGUGCGUGUAGAUAUUUAUUGCAGCGGUAUUUGGGCCAGUUUUUGGAAGAAAAAUUGACCUUGGAUCAGCUGACAGUAGAUCUGUACAAUGGUACUGGCACGGUUUCAGAAGUUAGGUUGGAUGUGCAGGCCCUUAAUGAGUUGGGUGAGCAGCAGAAUCUACCUUUUGAAUUUGUGGAUGGAUACAUAUCACAGAUGUCAGUGUCCAUCCCAUGGUCAUCACUACUUAGGGAUUCAAGUUUUGUUGAAGUGACGGGCCUAAUGUUGACCAUACAGCCCAAACAAAGGGCUGAUAGUGGUGCAUCCAUGUUUGAAUCCAUGUGGAGUAGUAUGACAAGCAGCAUGCAGCUUGCUGAGGAAUGUUUAAAGCAAGGUUCCUCGGACGGAAAUGAUGCACAAGAAUCUCAGCCAUUGGAAGGACUUGAACUCUUUGCUCAAGCCAUUGACUCAAUUUUGAGUCGUGUAAAAGUCAAGUUUGCAGAUACUGUUAUACGUUUAGAGCAUGUGCCAAAGGACAGUAACUCUGGAGUUGCAGUUGAGUUCAGAAUAAAGAAUGUGGACUACUUUGAUGAGGCUGGGACAGACCCACCAAAUCCAACUGCUGGUGAAACGUACUUGCAGCAAGGAAACAAAAUGUAUCACGUAGCAGCUUUUUCUGCCAGAAAGUUCUAUUUAGAGGGUAUCACAAUGUAUACAGAUGAAUUCCCAUCUCGUGCUCGAACAUUCUCCAGAUCAGUCAUGUCACUAUCAAGCAGCUCGACUCCAGAUUCUAAGAAUUCAGACUCAAAUUUUGGAACAGCUCCUGUUACUCCAGCUUCUCAAUCACCUUGUGGCUCUCACGUAGCCUCAAUUCAGGAGUCUGUUAUUAAUGAAAGGACCUCUCAUCAUCAUUCUAACCUAUCAUUGGAGCCAGACCCCAUCCUGUUUGGAAAACUGGCGGGUCGUCAGGAAAUUCGACUGAAACUAAAGCACAGCGAGGGUGUUGUGGGACCCAAAGUGGACCUGGAAGUGAACGUCGGUUCUUUGACCACCUUUUUGUCUCCUCGUCAGCUUCAUGUUCUAAUUGAACUUCUUCAUGGCCUGGCUACUCCUGACCUGGAGGAUACCAGGUAUAGGAAAUUUACACAAAACAAUAAUGUAGCACCAAGGUCCCGAUGCAUGGAGAAGCCAAUGGAUUGUGCCGACUUCCGAAGGGUAGAACAGGAGCUUCAACAGCAGCUACACCCUAUGCCAACAUUGCACACAAAGGGGUUGCAGUAUACACAGGGAUGGUCUACUGCUUCAUUAGAUGACAGUGAUGAAGAAUUUCUACCUAUGCGUGGUGGAGGUAUGAGCGAAAGUCUGUUAUCAGACACUACUAGUAUGGAAGGCUCCAUCUCAUCAACAGCCAGCAGUGCCAGCAAAUCUGGAUCUGUGGCCUCUUCUCCUUCUCACAGGUUCUCAGGAAGCAGUCUCCCUGGAUCUGCUACAAUGCAGAAUUCACCAUUUCAUCAGAGGAUUCAAAAUCGCAGAAGAAAGAAGUCUCAUAAAGAGUCUGGUAACUCAGUGCUGGACUCAGACCCAACUGCUGAAGUAAGCCACUUUCAUAUCCGUUUAAGUAGCUUGGCCACAGUGUUACUUCAUGAUGACAUUUUAACGCUGUGUGUUGAAAGCGAUGGCAGCAGUCUGGCAAGAUCGUCUGUGCAACAGAUGAAAGCCAUCUCAAAAGACUUCUUUGAUGAGCUUGGAUUGUUUGCUGUCACAGGGUAUGGCAACAAGGACUUCAACGCAGCCAAGAAUGCAUUUCUUAGCGCAUGUCAGCUUAACCAUAUCAGGCUCCUGGCAGCACCAGUGAUAGUGGAAGGUAAUGAAAAGAAGACAUCGCAUGCCAAUUUAAUGAGUGGCAGUGUGACAGCUGCUAGCAUUGAGGUGUUGGAGUGCCUUGUGGACAAGAAAACACCUUCUCAAACAGCCAAUGUGGAAUAUGUUAAUUUGCUGAAAUUCCAACGGAGUGUUAAGAGUGAAGAUGAUCCACAGGCUGGACAUUGUCUGGCCUCCCAGCCUGAUUUGAAGUUGCAUUUCAAAUACUCAGAGAAGACAGUACGUCAGGGGCAGACCAAACGUUACAGUCAUCCUCGCACAGAUGUCUCGAUAACACUUCAGCCCUGUUGCUCUGAAAUUGAUGUUUCGAUUGUAGAUCGUAUCACAGCUUUACUGAACCCACAGCCACUUUGCAGAAGGAACACCAAAUUUGCUUCAGGGCACAUGAGAGAUAACCAUCAGUCUUGUUUCUAUCAAGCUGUGGAGAAUCCCUCAUUGUCUGACAGCAAGAUGGAUCUAAAUGGGUCUUGUUCCUUGCUCACACUGAAGCUCAGGUUUCCUACCCCAGAUCUGCGGCCUAUACAUGACAUGGACCGUCCGCCUUGGUGGAGGCGCUCAGUCAGGAAAGACUUCCUCGUAUUUGAAUUGAGUGAUACCUCAUUUCAUUCCUUGAUAGACAGUCGAGAACUUUGCAAGAGAUUUGAAAUUCAGUGCAAGGACAUCAGUGGACUAUUCCAGGAAGCUGAUACUACCACCUUGGUGCCUUUCAUUUAUGCAUCAGCAGAUGACAAAAAUGGCAAUUCACUCCCACAUGGUGGACAGGGUUUUGGCUGGCCCAGAAUAGUGAUUCAAGUGUAUCCAGAAAGCAACAGAGGAGAUUUAGAUGACAUUGGAGAAACUGAGGGUGAAGAGAGUCUACCGCAGACUUCAAUAGAAACGCUGGAAAGUUCUGGUCAGAAAGAACCUUCACCAUUUAGUUCAAAGAAGGUGAUACAUGAAAGUGACACGCCUCACGGAAGAUCAAACCAGGCAGCUGAAGGUGAAGAACUCAUGAUACCUGGUGAUAAGCAGGAGAUGGCAGAUUUUAUUGAUUAUGCUUCUCGCAACAGCCGCAUUCAAUUAGAAAUUACCCUACCCUGUGCCAGCAUGCAGCUGUCUUCAAAACAUUUGUAUGAACUCAUAUAUAACAGAAUCAACACAGACAUGUUGCUAUGGGAACCAGCUGCACCUAAACCAAAAAUGUCAUCACCUGUAGACCUGUACAGUGGGAAGGGUCAAACAGGAAUAGACCUUGCAUCCACUCUACUUCAAGAAUCAUUAUAUCCAGCUUUCAGCAUGUGCAAGUCUGGCAUCCAAUAUGAAUCUGAUUCUGACUCGGAAGACACGGAAGGGGUUUACUACUCUGUGUAUGAACACCGCCAGCGGCAGAGGAGGAAACAGCAGCUUGAAGGCAGCAAUCAGCUUGGGCAGAGCACAAUGACAGUGACACUUUCAGUCAGUCAGGGUGUAAUCUGCCUGUUUGCCCCUGUGAGGGACUCUGGCAAAAAUGUGAUUCCUGGGCAGCAUGGUGAACUGCAGGUGAUGUUUGAAGAGGGCAGCAUGUUCUCCGUCUCAGGCUACAAAGGGAAGCCCGGACUUGGUUAUGUUUGUGUCCAAGUCAAUCAGGCUUCCUUCUAUCACAAUGGCCUGGUAGCAACGCUGUAUGAAACCGCACAGUUGAGGAUGGUUGGCUCACCACCUCCCUCACACCUAGACCCAACCAUCUAUCGUUCAGAAGGGGGGGCAUCUGUAGGAACAUCUGGACCAGUUGGGACAGGCAAUAAUAGCUUAGACAUGCUAGCUGUUGCUAUCAAAAUCCAAGUGGACGAUUCUGUUCACAAUCUUAAGACAUUCCAAGUGGCGGCUGCCCUUCGUGGGGCUACUCUCAGGCAUCGGAUGUGCACUAGUAACCACAGCUGGUUCACACAGAUUGUGGACUUCUUUGAUGUGAUAGACUAUCCUGUGGCUGGUUAUGAUCCUCCUGGAGUGAUCACAGAAUUACACAUGCAUCUGUGGGAAUGCGGCGUGGACUACAGGCCGAUCCAUCUUCCUCUGAAGUCCAUGAUCACCUUUGGCAGCUUCAGUAUCUCCAGCAAUAUUGCAGCACAAACAAGCUCUUCCACCCUGCGCUUUAUGGCAGAAGAUGCCGCCUUAUUUAUCUCUAACAAGACUGGAUUAAGGCAUCUCUCGUCACCCGUAGAUCUGCAAAAAGACUACGUGUGUGUACUGGACUUGGGGCUGUUCGAGCUUUCGCUGAGGUUGUGCGACAGACGAGGAGAGCAAAAUAAAGGCAGUCCAAGAGUUGAUCUUCGCGCAUCUAAUAAUAUCCUCCAUGUCCGAACUUGUGCAGACUCAGGAAAAGCUUUAACUGAUUUGUUGACCUACUUUGCCUCAGAUGGUGAUCUCAUAUCAAUGGAUGAGAGUGAAAAGUCUGAAAGUACUGUGUCUAGUGGAAGUGCAAAAGUGGACCAAAUGCUCAUAAAUAUGAAUGUGGUUGACAGUAACCAAAAUAAUGCUCAUAAUCUCUCCAAGUCACAAGUGGAACAUGUUCAUGACAUGAUGGAGGAAGCUAUGAGGGACACAAAUGGUAUCCACUCAAAUGGAAGAUCAAGAUCUCCACGGUCACGUCAGAACAGACAAGGAGUGGAAGUGUUUUUCUUCCCAGAUGAGAAUCAUCCACUGUCUGCUAGACCUUUAAAUGAUUCUGAGCUGUGUCAGGCCAUGGAUGAUGAUGAGGGUGAUGUGGAGGAGGACUUCUUUUUUGUCGAUAAAGAAGCGGGCUCUGGAAUCAUGCUUCAAAACGGCCUACCUGAAAUCCGAACACUUACCCAAGAUCCAGUGCGAGUAAUAGAUAACCACUUCUCAGUACCGAUGGGGAAGACGGACCAGCUGCGUGCUCCAGAACACUUUCCAGAUGCUGUGCUUCGCUAUACACUCUGUGAGAUGACAGUCGUCUGGCACAUGUAUGGAGGUCAGGACUUCGGUCAGGCACCAGCUCAGAAUAAAACACAGAAUACCAAGAAACAGGUCAAGAUCGAUGAUAACUACAGAACAGGAUGCAGCAGUUGUCCAUCCUCUCCGCCUUUCACAACGCACCAUUUUGCUCGUUCACCCAGCGAUACUCAUAUUGGUGGUGGGGGCUUUGUAACAUACUCAAAAUCCAGUCCUCUUGAGAUUCGGUUUGAAUCAUGUAGCCCAUCAUUCAAAAGUCCAAAGGUUGCAGCAGCCACCACACAUUUAACGUGGCAGUCCCGUGGAGGCCCUGGACGUCUUCAUGAUGUCCUCAUGGAAUUGCAGCUGAACAAGGUGAAGUUCAGGCAUGAGGUAUAUCCUGCUGAGGCCAAAGAGGCUUCUCGGCAGAUACUUCUGGUGAGUGAUGUCGAGGUCAGGGACCGACUUGCCUCAUCACAGAUCAACAAGUUCCUUUAUCAAUAUUCCAGCGAAUCCAGUCCGAAACGGUCACAUGCAAAUAUGAUUAGGAUUGUGGCUGUGCAUGUACGCCCAGACCCCAAGCUGACUGUUCAAGAGUGCUGUCUCAAAGUAACAUUACUUCCUCUGAGACUUAACAUAGAUCAAGAUUCUCUUCUGUUUUUGUUCAAUUUCUUCUCUGACAUAUCCGGACUAAACAAAAGUAAAGAAGAUGGUACUCUUCAGUGUAACACUCCUCGUCACAACACACCAACACACCAGGCACCUGUGAUGACAGUGAAUGUUGAUGGAGGCUGUAGGACUCCUUCUCCUGAACCUCAGACUCUUCUGAUUCUGUUAGAAGAAGAGACCAGCAAACAGGUUUCAGGUCAUGUGGCUACCCUGCCAGAAACCCAAAAGCUGAGUGACAAACCUCCAACACCACCAAUAUUCUUCAGGAGUUUUCUUUUCUCUCGAGAAGUUCCCAUUCGACUAGACUAUGAAGGCAAACGAGUGGAUAUGACUCAUGGUCCAUUGGCUGGUCUGCUAAUGGGACUAGGACAGCUCAACUGUUCUGAACUAAGAUUGAAACGUAUUAGUUACAGACAUGGGUUGCUUGGUUUUGACAAGUUGGUAACCUUCAUCUUAAAUGAGUGGCUGCAAGACAUCAAGAGGAAUCAGUUACAAGGCUUGCUGGGUGGAGUUGGACCAAUGCAUGCACUUGUGCAGCUAUUCCAGGGGAUCAGAGACUUGUUCUGGCUUCCCAUUGAACAGUACCAGAAGGAUGGACGCAUUGUACGGGGUUUGCAGCGGGGCGCCAACUCGUUCACUACCUCCACAGCCAUGGCAGCACUGGAACUAACCAACAGGCUAGUCCAGGCCAUACAGAGUACAGCAGAAAUGGCGUAUGAUAUGGUAUCGCCUGGCCCAAGUGUCCGGCGGAGGACACCUGGUCUAAAAGGUAGACGACGACGUUACAACCAGCCUGCAGAUAUCAGGGAAGGCAUGGCAAAUGCCUACAUGCUAGUCAAGGAGGGAAUUGGUGAAACAGCUCAGACCAUAGUGCGUGUGGCAAGUGAAGAGCAUGAGCAGAAAGGGGUGUCUGGAGCUGUAGGGGGCGUGUUACGUCAGAUUCCGCCAACGGUGGUAAAACCCAUUAUCCUAGCAACAGAAGCAACGUCCAAUGUGCUGGGUGGAAUGAAAAGUCAAUUAGUACCUGAUGCAAGACGAGAAGCCGUCGAGAAAUGGAGGCAUGAAGAUUAGGAGAUCAGGGGAUGUAUAAGACAGAUUUUUUUGCUUGUAUGUUCCUAUGAACGUAAUAGCAGGAGUAUAUGAGCUUUUAAAUUAAUUUCUUAUUCUUAGCUCAUUCCUUAUUAUUUACAUUGUUCACUCAAUUUUUAUCUGAUGUGUUGGUAGGUGAAUUAUGUUAAUUGUAUGUUACAGAACAUUUAUUCUUUGUUAUUAAUCGAACAAAGAAUCCAGACUGGUUUAUGAACAUUUUCAUAUCUUUAUACCUUCUGGAAAUUUGCAAUUUGCUACAAGAUUGCACAGCUGAAUAGUUUUAUUUUCUGUAUCUUAACAUUUAUAUACACAAAAGCAUUUGAGAUAUUUUUAAAUCUGAAACAGCCGAAGAAAUUAUGAGACCUGCAGAUUCCACAAGAACAAGAACAAAACAAGGCAGACCAUAGCUAUUCCUUUGUUCUGGUUUAACUUAUCCCAAUCUUUUUAUUUCCAGUCCCACUGUUAGCAGCUAGAAAUCUAUUUGAGUGGAAACUUAAAAGACUCUUUGAUAUGGUAAAAUAUAAACUUCUGCCAUAUGUUGUUCCUUUACGUCAGAUACGAGUACUAGCAGAGAUAUUGUGAAGGGUAAAGUUAUAAUAUUCAGCAUGUAAUAAUGACACGGACAAACCAUGCGCCUGCUUAGUAUCCAGAAUGCCUCUAGGUCAAAUCUUGGCCAGGAGACUGCCUCCCCUGACAGAGGUUUCUCAUGAUUUUCCUCGGCCCUUCCAGUCAAACACCAGGAUACUACCUCAAAUUAGGCUACAGUCCCUUCCUAAUCCAUUACUCAUUCCUAUAAUUCAGCAUUGUAGACUCUGAGCUACUGACAACAUAGUUAAAUGAACCAUAAUUAAACAAAACAUACCAUAUGCAUAAAUUUAACAGAAGAAUUUCAAAUUUAUGUUUAGGAGGGCCUCAGUUUGGGUCUUGACCAGUUUUUCAUUAUUUGCAUCAGUCUUCAUCCAUCCCAGUUUAUGCUCCUGAAUCACUGUACCAUUUCUCAGUCAGCACAACAUAUAACCUCUGCACUUGAUAAUAUUUAAAGUGAUGUGAGAAAUUUACCUUGAGUCUGUGUAAUGUUUAUCAUUGGCCAAGGCUUCGGUAGAAGCAACCAGACUUUAGAACCCCUCUGUUUUAUUACAUACAUGUAUAUGUUAUGUUGUACGUGAACUGUGCAGUUUACUGCAUCAAACUCUGAAAUUUUUCUAUACUGAUAGGAACAAGAGUGAAAAGAUGUACUACAGUGGAAUCCAUUUAUUUUCCAGAUGCAUUUUUUCUGUCCUUCAUGCUUCAUAGAUAUUGACAUUUAUUGCAGAGGCGAUAUUUUAAUGUUAUGAACCUAAUUUCUCUCUAGAUGUAGUGCACAGUCUGGUUUCUCUUUCCUCAUUAAAUAUUCAUCGCAUUAAAAAAUAUUUCACAUAACGGUUUUAGAUCUUAUUGAGUUCUUUGCUUUAUGUCCUUUUUUUAUACAGUGAACUACUUCUGUAAAAUUUGAUAAGUUACAGAUAUACGACAUUUAAUGUAAUGUUAUAAUGUAUUAGUAGACACCAAAAUAAAAUUUAGCUGACAUACCAAGUUUUAGCUUUUAACAUGAAAUGUGUGGAUAGAAAAAGCAUGACCUCAUUGCAUUUCAUGCUGUUCAAAGAAUGCAUAACAGUUUCAUAAAUUUGGAUGCUUGUUGUAUGAGUUCUGAGACAGUGAGGACAUUUCUGUAAACAUUACUAUAGACUUGGCUUGUGUUCUUGUCAGCUGUGAAACUUGCCAGCAUAAAAUAAUGAAAAUUAUGAAAAUAAUUUUUAUGUCAUUAGUACAGAGAGAGAUUGAAACUCCCAUUGAAUAGGAGGAGGGUGGACCCCAGAGAUGAUAUUGUCACAUGUUGGGUAGGUCAUGCGACAAAUAACUUCA